AUGCCAACGCAUAAUUCAGCCGUGUGCCGCGGCGCCAGCGCCUUUGUGGCAAACAUCUACGGAGGCAAGCCGUGCUGCACCGGAGGCAGCGCGUGCGGGCUCGCGUUCGCUGUGGAGCGCUGCCCCAUUGCAGCCGCGCCCGCAGCCGCGCCGGCGUCGGCAUACACACUGAUGAUCGCAGGCGUGCAGGGGGGCGGCGCGGUGUGGCUGCCUAUCUCUCACUGCCUGACGCCACCCAACGUGGCGCUCCGCUGGGAUGCGCUGCGGGCCGCAGUUUUGCAAGGCCACCGGCUGCAGGCGUCCGUGGUGGUGCUGCACGCGGCGCCGCGCUGCGGCGAGGCCGACGCGCUGCGCGUCGCGGCGCCAGAGGGCGGCGCGUCGGCGGGGCCGAGGCUGGGCGGGCCGUUCAGCGACGUAGUUGUGAGGGCAGGCAGCCGCGAGUUUGCAGCGCACCGGGUCGUGCUUGCGGCGGCCAGCCCCGUGUUUCUGGCGAUGCUGCAAGGUGGCGGCAUGCGCGAGGCGCGCGAGGCCGUGGUUGACAUUCGGGAGGCCGAUCCUGCCGCCGUCGAGCUGCUGCUGCGCCACUCGUACGGCCAGGCGAUCGACGUGCCCCUGGCCCUCGCGCCCCGCUUAGCCGGCCUCGCAUGCCAGUACUACCUCGCCACGCCUCUGGUGUGGCACCUGCACCUGUGGCUGUCCGCGCUGCCGGCGCUCGCCGCGCCGGACCUGUUGGCACUGCUGCCAGGAGCGGCGCUGUACUGCCCAGCCGCCUGCGAGGCGCGCCUGUACUGCCUGGCGGCAGCCGGGCUGGCGGAGCUGCAGCGGCUGCCAGGGUUUGAGCACUGGCCGCUUGAGAUGGUGGAGAGCGUUGUGAAGCGCGCGCCGCCAGGCGAGGGCUUCGCAGCGGCGGCGGCCUGGAUGGACGCGCGGCAAGUGUGGAUCGACACGUCUAGUCAUCACGAGCGUGACAAGGCAAAGCGGUUGGAGAACAUGCCGAUGGCGGGCAAAGGGGACUGCUUGGUCGCCUCCAACUGGACGCGGCUGCUGGAUGCGAUUGCUUGGGACCGCGCAACCCAUGCCGAUCUGCACGCUAUCCGAUGCCACUGCGACGGCGUCCGCAACCCGCCGCGCGGCCUCGGGAUGCGCCUGUACGACACCCUUGCGAAGCUGCACGCCGCGCUGCUCGCCAAGGGCGGCGCCGCCCCGUAG